CCGCCUCGAUUGUUGGUUACCAUCGACAUUGGCGUUGACCGCCGACGUUACAUAUGUAAAUUACUCCCCGUACAAAUGUCGCGGGGACUAAUUUGCCCCGUACGCGCAAUGUUACAUUAACAUUCGUGCCGUGAUCGCUGCCCGCACAAUAGCUUCAGAGCGCUUGUUCCUCUUUUACGGGCGGCAGUGUCACCGUGAGGAAUCGGCGGUCCGGUGGUUUUCGCUCGGACGGCAAUCCGCGCGCGGCACGUCCUCAUCAGUACGAUCUUUGGUCCCGGUCUGGCCGAAGGGACCGCGGGUGUUCUCCGUUCGGCGAUGUAAAAUCGGGCGAAGUUGUGACAGAGCGCGCGCGUUGAUAAUCCAAGAGGAUUCCAUCCACCUCCGCCCCUCCCCCGCAACCCCGUGGCAGAGUUAUCCGAUCGUGCACCUUGCGGCUAAAGAUUAACAUGAAGUAGAGGCGGCACGACCGUGAACAGGGGACUUGCUUUCAGAAAAGAUGAGGGGUGGCAGCAGCUUGAGCCAGUACAACGACGACGAUUUCUUCAGCGGCGGGCCAUGCCCGUCGUGCAGGCUGGCCAUCAACAAGGAGACAGGACGAUUGAAGUGGUGCAUGGGUGGUAACGACACUUGGCGAUUUCGCGUGAAACUGAUGUUACUGAUCCCGGCCGUGUUGCUGCCCAUCACUAUAAUCUUCAUCGCCCUGUCGCGGUCCCAGGUGAUCGGGAAAGCGCCCUAUCAUCAGACCUACCUGAUACACGCGACGGGACGCAGGCCAGACGAGAGGACCGAGGAAACCAUUCCGCCAGCGACCGGCUACGUCGAGACGGAGCUGGCUGCCAGGGAGGAGGAUGAAGAACGGAUCCUAAUAUCUGGAAUGCAAACCAGCUACGUACCGGUGGAAACAGCCCUUCCGCCGCGGCAGCUGCAGCGACGCAAGAGAGAACUCGACGGGGUGCAGUCGACCGACUACGUCACCGGGAAAAUAGACGAGUGGAACACGGACGAGAACUCGGAGAACUUCCUGGACGAUUAUUACCCCGAGGUGGACGCCGAGGAGACGAAGGAAAACUCCGAAAUAGAAAGCAACGAUUACCAAAACUACGAGCACUCCUGCGACAACCACAAAAACGAGGAAGAGCUCCGUUCGAGAUUGUCGAGUGGAAAGUACGACGACAACGAGGACAAUUCCCAGGACGAGUCCGACGAGGGUGAACAGGGUGGUAGACACUCGAUCACGGUCGAAGAUCCGGACAGCAGCUUGCCGAUCGCCGACGAGCAACUCGACGAUGCGGUCGCCAACUUCCACACGUUCUGGAAGGACGAAGGGAAAGAGUGGGACAUCAGGGAGGCUCAAGCAAAAAUCAUGCUCACGUACAUGGACAGGACCGCCGAUCCCUGCGAGGAUUUCUAUCAGUACGCGUGCGGUAACUGGGCGAAGCACAAUCCUAUACCGAAGGACAAGGCGGCCUACGACACGUUCGAGAUGAUCAGGGAGUCGUUGAACAUCGUCCUGAAAGAGCUGCUCGAGGACCCGAUACCCAAAGAGUUAGAGGCCGACACGGAGGACGCGACCGUCAAGGCGAAAUAUUUGUUCCAGAGUUGCAUGAAUUACGAGAUCUUGGAGCAACGCAUGGAACAGCCGCUUAUUCAGCUCCUGGAUGAACUCGGGGGUUGGCCGAUCCUGAGACCCAACUGGGACCCGGAGAAGUUCGACUGGCUGCUUCUGGCUGCUCAACUGAGACUGUACAACAACGAUAUCCUGAUCUCUGAAUGGGUUGCGCCGGAUAUUAAGAACAGCGACGAGUACAUAAUACAGUUCGAUCAGACGUCACUGGGACUUCCCACCCGGGAUUACUUCCUUCAGCCAUCGAACACGGUGUAUCUGAAGGCUUAUAGAAAUUAUUUGAUAAAAAUCGCAACUCUGUUGGGCGCGUCUUUGCAGAAUGCCACCACCGACGCGGACGACUUGAUAGAAUUCGAAACCAAGUUGGCUAAGAUCACUUCCUCCCCGGACGAGAGGGAAAACGUUUCGGAACUCUACCAGAGGAUGAGUAUCGGGGAGCUAAGGAGCCUGGUCCCCCAAAUCAACUGGCACCGGUACCUGACGAUCGUUUUAGCGCGACCGAUGAACUUCUCCGAGCCGGUAGUCGUUUACGCGUUGCAGUACAUUCAAGAUUUGGUGAACCUGCUGUCGAGAACCAGUCCACGGACCAUCGCGAAUUAUCUUCUAUGGCGAUUCGUCAGGCACAGAGUGAACAAUUUGGACGAUCGAUUUCAGGACGCGAAGCAGAAAUUUUACUACAUUCUCUUCGGCAGGGAGCAGGCGCCUUCGAGAUGGAAGAAUUGCGUGGCGCAAGUGAACUCGAACAUGGGCAUGGCCGUCGGAUCGAUGUUCGUGAAGAAGUAUUUCGACGAGAAGAGCAAAAACGAUACUCUGUCCAUGACUCGAGAAAUCCAAAGGGCGUUCAGGGAGCUGCUGAAUCAGACCAGCUGGAUCGACGACGAAACGAAAGAGCUAGCGACCGAGAAAGUAAACGCGAUGCUGCUGAGGAUCGGCUAUCCUGACUUCAUUCUGCAGCCGAAACUGUUGAACAAAGGUUACAAGGAUGUUGUUGUCCGUUCAGACAAGUACUUCGAGAACACGUUGAACAUAUUGCAACACCUGACCAGGGUGGGACAGAAUCGGCUGGGCAAGCCUGUGAAUAAAACCCUUUGGAACACCGCGCCGGCGGUGGUCAACGCUUAUUACAGUCGAAGCAAGAAUAGGAUAAUGUUCCCAGCCGGCAUACUACAGCCGCCAUUUUAUCACAGAUACUUUCCGCGGAGCCUGAAUUUCGGCGGAAUCGGUGUGGUGAUCGGCCACGAAAUCACUCACGGUUUCGACGAUAAGGGUCGACUGUUCGAUAAGGAUGGUAAUCUGCACCGGUGGUGGAACGAUGAUGUUAUUUAUGGCUUCCACCAGCGAGCCCAGUGUCUUAUCGACCAGUAUAGCAAUUACACCGUCAGCGAAGUUGGGAUGCAAAUCGAUGGGAUCAACACGCAGGGAGAGAAUAUCGCGGAUAACGGCGGCAUCAAGCAAGCUUUUCGCGCCUACGAAAGAUGGCUGCACCAAAACGGGGAUGCCGACGAGACGCUUCCCGGAUUGAACGCGACAGGGAAGCAGCUGUUCUUCUUGAAUUUCGCGCAAGUGUGGUGCGGCUCGAUGAGACCGGAAGCAACCAGGAACAAAUUGAAAACGACCGUGCACUCCCCCGGCAAGUUCCGAGUGAUCGGCACUCUAUCGAACUCGAAGGACUUUUCGGAAGUGUUCAACUGCCCCCUCGGUGCGCCGAUGAAUCCUGUCAACAAAUGCUCCGUUUGGUGACGAAUCGGGAGGCUCGUCGAUCUCCGAUCGACACGAGUCUUCGCUUCGACGGAAGAGAACGCGAGGAGGAGAUUAGUAUUACGUUGCCUCUUAGAUCAAGCUGAUCGAUGACGUAAGCGGGAUCGCUGAAAUUAACCUUGUAAUAGCACAAAUGAAUCACUCGAUCCGACUCUUCUGCACGCCAGUGCUGCAAGAUUUUCGAAAAAUAUUUCCAACAUUUUCGCGAAUGCUUUAAUCAUUUACUAAAUCGAACAAACGAUUCCUUAUACUACACGAAUUACUUCAUCGUUACUGGAAUUAAAUAAUUUAUCGAUCAGCUAGUCAAAAUAAUUCCGAACGAAUAAAAUAACGAUACGAAGUCACUUUCCCCUAUUUUCCAUAGCAAAAUCGACGAAACCACCGUUUCUCGAUACAAACGAUUCGUUUCUAUUCCACGAUUAAUCUUCGGGUCCCUGACUCAUCAAGCGUUCGUUUCAAUUAAUUCACACGCUUUGUAAGGGUAGUUUAUUCUCUAGGGCAAUCGCUUUGCGAUCUUCGUCGCGACUGAAAUAUCACGUGGUUAGAGGAUAACAAGAUGGCGGAGCCAGAGACGGCGCGAGGAACAGCACCGUCAUCGAUUAGGGGAACUAACAAGAUACUUCACGUAGUUUUCGUAACUGAAAGAUAAUUAAAGGGAAACAAAGGAACAUUGAACGAUAGUUCGGCUUGCUGGACCGAGUAUCGUGCGGCGAGCCGGUUAUAUAUUAUGUAUUAACGGGACAGCUGCGCUGUCGCCGACGUGAAAUAAAAUUGUACGAUCAAAAGACAAUAAUAAUUUC